UGCAUUCUCUUGCGGCUGGAUUGAACACACGCGCGCCUCUUGUGUGCAAGUCAGCGCCCUAGUACUUUUUUUUUUUUGUUCGUCCUUGUCCUUCGCGACAAGUUGAUUCUGCUAAACCACAACAACAAAGCCCACCUACAUCGCCGAAUCCGAACCCAAUCGAUCGCACUGCCAACGCUUUCAACGCACUAUCAGCUGCCGCCGAGUCGUGCUCGAGACACCACAAAAAUGACCCGGUAGUCCUCGUGGAUUCGACACCCCGCGACCAUGUUCACGUUCUCCCCGCUGCAGGGAGCGCUAUCCGAGGCGACUGCCUCCCAGUCGCUGCUGGAACUCGAUGGAGGCGUCAAGGUGCUCAUAGACGUCGGCUGGGACGAGACUCUUGAUAUCGAGAAGCUCAAGGAGCUGGAAAAGCAGGUUCCGACGCUCUCGUUGAUUCUGCUCACUCACGCGACGGUCCCCCACCUCUCGGCGUUUGUCCACUGCUGCAAACACUUCCCUCUGUUUGCGCGAAUCCCCGUCUACGCCACCCAGCCCGUCAUCGACCUGGGCCGGACACUCAUCCAGGAUCUCUACUCAUCAACGCCCUUGGCCGCAACGACAAUACCAGACACCUCUUUGGCCGAGGCCGCCUUCUCCUACUCGCAACCUCAGUUUUCAAACAACUUUCUCCUACAAGCACCAACGACAGAGGAGAUCGCCAAGUACUUCUCACUAAUCCAGCCCCUCAAGUACUCACAACCUCAUCAACCGCUGGCGUCGCCAUUCUCGCCACCUUUGAAUGGCCUGACCAUUACUGCCUACAACUCUGGACACUCGCUGGGUGGGACAAUAUGGCACAUACAGCAUGGUCUCGAGUCGAUCGUGUAUGCGGUGGACUGGAACUUGGCUCGCGACAACGUGUACGCGGGCGCCGCCUGGAUGGGCAGUGGCCAUGGAAGCGGAGGUGCUGAGGUGAUGGAACAGCUGAGGAAACCGACCGCCCUCAUCUGCAGCGCUCGCGCGGGAGAGGGGGGUCUGUCGCGCGGCGCACGCGACCAACAGCUUCUGGACACCAUGAGGCGCACCGUGGCUCGGGGCGGCACGGUGCUGAUCCCCAUCGACUCAAGCGCCAGGGUGCUAGAGCUGGCUUACCUACUGGAACACGCAUGGCGAUCCGAGGCCAGCGGCGUGACCGAGGCCGGCGCGCUGGGCACAGCUAAGCUGUACCUUGCAGGACGCAGCGUCAACAGCACCAUCAGGCUAGCCAAGAGCAUGUUCGAGUGGAUGGACGACAGCAUCGUACAGGAAUUUGAGGCUGUGGCCGACCAGGGAGGGAAGCGGACGAACGGGAACACAGACGGCGGAAGGGGAAGGGACGCCGGCCCGUUCGACUUCAAGUAUUUGCGCGUCUUGGACAGGAAGGCGCAGGUUGAAAAGGUGCUGAGCCAAUCCUCGACACCUAACGAACUGAGAGGAAAGGUCAUCCUAGCGAGCGAUACGAGCCUGGAAUGGGGCUUCUCCAAAGACGUCAUGGCCAGGAUAGCGGACGACUCCAGAAACCUGGUUAUUCUAACGGAAAAGCCCUCGGCAAGCUCCAAGGAGAAGCCCUCGGUAGCCCGGCAGCUAUGGGAGUGGUGGAAGGAGCGGCGCGAUGGGACCGCAGAUGAGGCGUCCAGCGGGCCCGGCUCGGCUGAGCAGAUUUAUGCUGGCGGACGCGAGCUACGGUUGAUGGACUCGAAGCGAGCAGCCCUGGAUGAGUCGGAGCUCCCGCUGUAUCAGCAGUGGCUGGUUACUCAACGCCAGCUUCAUGCAACACUACAAGGAGGGGGUGCAACAAAUCUUGAGGCGUCGGCCGACGUUGCGGAUGACGUUUCCUCCGAAUCGUCCGAAUCCGAGGACGAGUCGGAAAACGAGCAACAAGGAAAGGCUCUGAAUGCGUCUACGGCGAUGGGCCAGGCAAACAGGAAGAAGGUCGUGCUCCAGGACGAGGACCUUGGCAUCAUGAUACUCCUCAAGAAGAAGGGAGUCUACGACUUCCCCGUCAAGGGCAAGAAGGGCCGUGAGCGCAUGUUCCCUCUCGCCGUUCGCAGGAAGAGAGCCGAUGAGUUCGGGGAGCUCAUUCGACCAGAAGAUUAUCUCCGAGCCGAGGAACGCGAAGAGAACGAGAGACCAGAAGCAAACAUGCUGCAGCGGGGCGACUUCAACGAAGGAUUCGGCCAGAAGCGCAAGUGGGACGACGUCGGCGACAGGCGUCAUGGCGGGCCGAAUCGGCGGGGGCAACGGGGCGGGCCAAUGGAGGACUCGGACCUCUCGCAGACUCAGCAAGGGGUUAUUCAGGAUGAGCUGGACACUGUGGAGGAUGAAGAGGAGGAGGUCAUUUCCGGACCUGCCAAGUUGGUGACGACAAGCAGCGCCGUCACGGUCAACCUGCGCAUCGCAUAUGUGGACUUUUCCGGUCUCCAUGACCGCAGAAGCUUGGCCAUGUUGAUUCCGCUAAUCCAACCACGCAAACUCAUCCUCGUGGCCGGGUCAGCAGACGAGACCGAGGCCGUAGCAGACGACUGUCGACGUAACGCUAUUGAGGUCUAUACGCCCCCCGUCGGCGCCUCGGUCGACGCCUCGGUCGAUACCAACGCCUGGGUUGUCAAGCUGUCCGAGCCUCUCGUCAAGAGAUUGCGAUGGCAGACUGUUCGUGGCCUGGGCAUCGUCACGGUCACAGCACACCUUACUGCAACGCCAGUGGCGCAAAAAAGCUUGCCACCGCCGUCCUCGACAGCCCCCACUCAGGCGGGCGACGAGGACGGCGCAAACAAGCGACAGAAGCCGAAUCCAGACGGCACCACGAACUCCAAAGACAUGGCAACCACCGGCGAGGGUGACAAGGUCGCGGUCAUGCCGACACUGGACGUGAUACCUGCAGCACUUGUUUCGGCUUCGCGCUCGGCCGCGCAGCCGCUCCACGUUGGUGAGCUGCGGCUGGCCGACCUGCGGCGGACGAUGCAAAGCUCUGGACACACGGCUGAGUUCCGGGGCGAGGGCACGCUCCUGAUCGACGGGUCCGUGGUGGUGCGCAAGACGGCGGCCGGGCGCGUCGAGAUCGAGAGCGUCGGGGUCCCGACGGGCGGGGGGCCAGCGACGCGCAUGGGCGGAACGUUUUACGCGGUCAAAAAGACCAUCUACGACGGACUUGCUGUGGUUGCAGGCGCAUGAGCCGCCUGCCAUGUCGGUUCAGCGGAGGGCAUGGAGGGGUGGCAUGUAUGAGUUGUACCAACAUUUAUAUCGGUGCUGACUGUCAUAAACCUGGUCCCAUGUUAUUUCAUACCACGACAGUGAUCGCAUACCGUGCUGCCUCGACGCACGCCAGCGAUUGGGAAAAGGUUCGGCAGCGGUCAGGGCGCUCGGCCACAUGAGACGAAUAGCGGCUCAGCCCAGGUCGGCCGAUGAUGUCAGUAUAUCUGCUUAAGUUUCUGGAGCCCUGUAAAAGCACUGGUCAUAUCUUGGGCCGCCGGUAUUGGAAUAUCUCGCCGGUAUUGGAAUAUCUUGAUGGACACUUGCAGAUGGUGCCGAGCAGGUGACGCCAUGGAAGUUAUCACCCAGCACUAGGAAAAUGUAUGACGAGCGAUCAUUAUUUUUGUGAAUUCCUAGCGUGAUUCUGCGAGGCGAGCCAAUCACACAGAGCCCACCCUUGUGUGAGCGAAUUGGGGGGUCGCUACCUGCUGUCUCACAAAUGCCUUUGAAUGCCUCC